AUGUCGUACCGGCUCGACUCAGACAUUUUUGUACCCUACAGCAGAUUGAAGUCCAGCCCCAAGCCAAGAGACCAAACUAUGGUGAAUCACAUCGCAAAGACAAAGAACGGAACAGCUGUAUGGGUGGUCAGUAACUGUGGUGCCAGAUACAAGAGAAUGGAAUACGUGAGAGAAAUGCAGAAAUACAUCGACAUAGACAUAUAUGGAAAAUGUGGGACGCCAUGCGCUUGGAAAAACACAACAUGCAACGACUGGACCACCAAAUAUAAAUUCUACCUGGCCUUCGAGAACUCUCUAUGUACAGACUACGUCACCGAGAAAUUCUUCAGGUUAUUUAAUCGAACCAUCUUUGUGAUCCCUGUUGUGAGGGGCGGUGCUGAUUAUGACAAACAUUUUCCCGACUUUACCUACAUCAACUCUGCUCACUUUAAAACGGCAAAAGAUUUGGCUCUUCAUUUAAAGCAUUUGGCUUCAGAUUUAGAAAACUACAGCAAGUACCUGGAGUAUAAAGAUUUGUAUACAUUGCUAGCAGACGAUGGUAUCGCCGAUAAGAUGGCUUGUCAAAUCUGUAAUUACCUACACACGCACCAGUUACCCAAACCAUCUCAAACUUAUAACAUCACAAAAUACUUCGUCGAUGGACAAUGCCACAUCCCAUAA